CACACUCACACUCGUCCCUCCUCGUUUGGCCAGCUUGCUUUGCCACGUUAUAAAUAACACCCUCACCCCACCAAUCCAAAACCAGUGAGCUCUCGUUCUUUGUCAACCUUCUGUCAGAGCGUGCGUUCGAGCGUGUUCUAAAAGCUAAAAAUGGUGGUGUUCAAGGUUGCUCGAGUGGAGACCACGCCUAUCGAUGGCCAGAAGCCCGGCACAUCUGGUCUACGCAAGAAGGUGAAAGUUUUCGUACAACCUAAUUAUUUGGAAAAUUUUGUUCAGUCAACAUUCAAUGCCCUUACUCCAGAAAAGGUUAGAGGUGCUACACUUGUUGUCUCUGGUGAUGGCCGCUACUACUCAAAAGAUGCUAUUCAGAUCAUUAUUAAGAUGGCUGCUGCAAAUGGAGUAAGGCGCAUCUGGGUUGGUCAAAAUGGAUUGCUUUCGACCCCUGCUGUAUCGGCAGUUAUUCGUGAAAGAGUUGGAAUAGAUGGAUCCAGGGCAUCAGGAGGAUUUAUAUUGACUGCAAGUCACAAUCCAGGUGGUCCUCAUGAGGAUUUUGGGAUUAAGUAUAAUAUGGAAAAUGGUGGACCUGCUCCAGAGGGAAUCACCGAUAAGAUCUAUGAGAACACAAAAGCAAUAAAGGAGUACUUCAAUGCAGAAAAUCUACCUGAUGUGGAUAUCUCUACAGUAGGUGUAACCAGCUUCCAGGGGCCUGAGGGACAAUUUGAUGUUGAGGUUUUUGAUUCAGCAAAUGAUUAUUUAAAAUUGAUGAAGUCCAUUUUUGAUUUCGACUCAAUCAGGAAGCUACUCUCAUCUUCAAAGUUCACAUUUUGUUAUGAUGCACUACAUGGAGUCGCUGGAGCUUAUGCAAAACGUAUUUUUGUGGAAGAGCUUGGUGCACAAGAAAGCUCAUUACUGAACUGCAUGCCCAAGGAAGAUUUUGGUGGAGGGCAUCCAGAUCCUAAUCUCACUUAUGCAAAGGAGUUGGUUGCUCGAAUGGGACUGGGAAAAUCUAAUCCUCAAGACGAACCCCCAGAAUUUGGCGCAGCUGCUGAUGGUGAUGCAGAUCGUAACAUGAUUCUCGGAAAAAGGUUCUUUGUUACUCCGUCGGAUUCUGUUGCCAUCAUUGCUGCAAAUGCAGUUGACGCCAUACCCUACUUCUCUGCUGGUCUAAAGGGAGUUGCCAGGAGCAUGCCAACUUCAGCUGCCCUUGAUGUUGUAGCUAAACAUUUGAAUUUAAAAUUUUUCGAGGUACCGACUGGCUGGAAAUUCUUUGGCAAUCUAAUGGAUGCUGGGUUAUGCUCAGUUUGUGGGGAAGAAAGUUUUGGAACCGGCUCAGACCAUAUACGUGAAAAGGACGGAAUCUGGGCUGUUUUGGCUUGGCUCUCCAUUCUUGCUCACAAAAAUAAGGAGAAUCUUGGUGGUGAAAAGCUUGUGACUGUUGAAGAUAUAGUGCGCCAGCAUUGGGCUACUUAUGGUCGCCACUAUUACACUCGAUAUGACUAUGAGAACGUGGAUGCAGGUGCGGCCAAGGAACUAAUGGCAUGUUUGGUCAAACUGCAAUCUUCCCUUUCAGAAGUUAAUGAGAUUGUCAAAGGAACGCACUCAGAUGUGUCAAAAGUUGUCCAUGCUGAUGAAUUUGAAUAUAAAGAUCCAGUUGAUGGCUCCAUUUCUAAGCACCAGGGCAUUCGAUAUUUAUUCGAGGAUGGAUCCCGAUUGGUUUUCCGCCUUUCAGGCACUGGCUCGGAGGGUGCAACAAUCCGUCUUUACAUUGAGCAAUAUGAGAAGGAUCCAGCAAAAAUCAACCGAGAUUCGCAAGAAGCACUUGCUCCUCUUGUUGAAGUUGCACUGAAGCUUUCCAAGCUGCAGGAAUUCACUGGCCGAACUGCACCUACUGUUAUUACAUAGAUGCACUUUGACUCAGUGCCAUUGUAAGUUUGUUUGUUGUCUUGAAAACGAAAGAGUGGCUGUCCUGUCUCGGUGCAGUUCCCUUUACAAUUCGAAAACUUCUCUGGAACUCUCAUACUAGUUGUGGAUGAUGUACUGAAAAUACUAUGCAAUAUCUUUUUUGAUCCUUAAAAUAAUAUAUGAACGUUCUAUUA